AUGGACGGCGCGUCCUUCGCCAACGGCACGUGGCCCUUCUCCGAGGAUCCGUGCGGGGAUGCAGACCUGAAAGCCAACCUGAGCGCUUUGUGCUCGCUGCUGCGCAACUUGUCCCUCGAGGCGCGGCCGCUGCUACGACAACCGCGCGACCUGAUCGUCAUCCUGCUUUACGGCCUCGUUGUGCUCGUGUCGGUGUUUGGCAACACACUCGUGUGUCACGUGGUGUUCUGCUCGCGGAAAAUGCGCACAAAGACAAAUGUGCUCAUCGCCAACCUCGCAGUGUCCGACCUGCUCAUGACCACGCUGACCAUUCCGCUGAGCGCAUCGCGGUUCUUGCUCGACAACUGGCCAUUCGGAGAAGCGCUGUGUUACCUCGUGCCAUUCAUGCAAGUGACGUUCGUGUACGUGUCGACGCUUAGUAUGGCGUGGAUCGCGUGCGACCGCUACAGCGUCAUCGUCUACCCACUGCGUCUGAAGCGCCUCUGCCCGAGCCACCGGGCCAUCGCGAGCAUCUGGACGCUGGCCGGCUUCCUAUCGUUGCCGCACGCCGUGUUCAACCGCGUCGUGUCACUGUUCACCUACCGACCACUGGUGCGCUGCCAGGUGCAGUAUCCGCCACCCCCGGCAGAGUUCCGCAAGUGGCUAACGCUGGCCACUUUCCUCACGCAGUACGCUUUGCCAUUGACGCUCACCGCACUCAUGUACAGCCGCGUCAGCUACACGCUGUGGUCACGCCAAGCGCUCGGCGCCCUCACGCGUGAACAGCAGGCCUGGUACACACGCUCCAAGCGCAAGUCGCUUAAGAUGCUCGUGCUAGUAGUGACGUGCUUCGCCGUUUGCUGGCUGCCCUUGAACGUGUACCACCUCGUGGCCCACUUCCGCGCUACCGACGGGCCCGACCGCCACAACUCGAACCUCUUCAUUUCCUUCCACUGGCUGGCCAUGAGUAGCGUCUGCUACAACCCGUUCAUCUACUGCUGGCUGAAUGAGAAAUUCCGCCAAGGUGCGCUGACCUGCCUCACUUGCCUGUUGCACUGCACUUUUCGCAGGCCCCCACAUAAAUCACUCAUGAAACCAGCUUCCAGCCGAUGUCACUCAGCCAAGCGUAGCUCCACUUUGCGAAGCACAUUCAUGGGCUCAACCGACAAAACCACAUCCGUUUGA